CCUUCAUCAACUUCCGGCUAUUGGCAUACGACAACACAGACCUUUAUGUCCUUGUGUCAAAUGGAUUUUAGCUGAUAAUCAUCAAUUACUAGGCAGGAUGGAGAGUUGGCCUCGCAACAUGCCGGCCUCACUGGAGGACCUGUGUGUCCAGUACUGUGUGGAGCACCUGGAGACCUUCACACACCACACCACAACCACAGAUCACACCACAAAGUGUACCCUCUUCCCAGGAGUGUCCCUGCCUAAAACAAUCUGUGAUAAGAUAUUUGACUUUUACAUGGAGCAUGUGGAUCAUGUACACUGCAAUGCAGAUGGCUUCCUCAACAUAUUCAGUAACACUCGAGGGACACAACUCAGUCGGGUAACUUUAGCAAAUUCUAAUGUGACUGACUGUGGACUAGGUCUAGUGAAAGAUCAACCUAUUGCUGAACUCGACCUGUCUUGUUGUACAAGACUGUCCUCUGACUGCAUCCCAUUCAUCAAUGCAAUGGGGAAAACCCUACGAUCACUACGGUUAGAGAGCAUCACAUAUAUGUUUGAGGGCGUUAGAGAUGGAGAUUCUAUUUUUGCUACACAGAGUGAAGCAGAUUCUGAUGGGGAACCGUCAGCAAAUGUUGAGAAAAAUGAUGACCCAAUAUUGAAGUGUCCACACCUCCGUAAAUUGUGCAUGAGAGAUUUCCAGUUGGAAGAGAACUGGCAUGAUGGAACCUUACAGCUACAUGAUAUAUUCCGCUGGUGUAAGCUGCUGACUCACUUGGACCUCACUCAGUGUAAUGUUGCAACAGAAACCUUCCCCCACUUCCAGUGCUUACAGCACCUGAUGUCACUCAGCCUUGCGGAUGUCUACAUCCACGACUUGGAUGCGGUUAUUGACAGUUUGUGCCAACUCAAACAGCUGAAACACCUGGAUGUAUCUCAAGGCCAGUGUGAGACUCCUGUGAUGUACCCCCGCCCCGAACAGUAUCUCCAGCAGUUAGUUGCCGGCCUCCCUCGUCUCACAUCACUUGACAUCUCAGGCACCAACUUGGCUGGGUUUGAGAAGGCUGAGAUCCAGUCAUUCAGACCGAGCAGGAACCAGCACGGGGAGGACACACAACACAUGGACAGCAGUGCCGUUACAUGUAGUAUCCCCGGACUAGAGGGACGGACUCUGGAGUUUCUGGGUCUCUUUGGAUGUGCCCAUGAUGCCUGCUACAGAAAAAAUAUACCUGCCAAACGGGUGAGCGGUGAGAGUGAUGAGGAGCAGGUUCUACUGUCCCUGCAGGUGUACCAGGACAGAUGCGGUCUGCUCAUCAAGGCGCUAAACAGUCUCUUCCAUCUCUUCCGUAAUUUUGCUGUCAACAGACAGUGUGCAGUUCUUGAGGCCAUCUUGGCUGGAAUGAAGCGCCACCUGUGGGACAAACAGGUGCAGAUUGUUGGCAGUGCAUCACUGUUCUAUAUUGCCAAGGGGGAGCAGAAGGACUACAUCACCCAGAAACAGAGGAGGAAGAUUAUCAGCCUUCUUCUGCGUGCAAUGGAGACAUACCCCACAGAACAAACUAUGUUGAGAAAUGGAUGCCUGACUCUGUCAAUCUUCAACAUCCCUCAUGAUGUGAUGUACUGCUAUGAGAAGCUGGUUAACUUUCUACUGCGGAUGUUAGAGCGAGCUCAACGAGAUGACUACAGUCAUCGCAUUGGUAUCUUCCUCCUCAACUGCUUGGCAUGUCAAGUUGAUGGCAGAGAGAAAGAGAUUGUGGGAAGUCUAGGAGCUAUAGAGACGAUGUUGAGCAUCAUUAGACGCAAGCUCCUGGCUGAUGUGUGUGAUGAUGUGAUGGAGGUAGCCUGGAGCACCAUGUGGAAUGUCACAGAUGAGACUGCCGCAAACUGUGAAAGGUUCAUGGACAAAGAUGGGAUGGGACUGUUCUUGAGCUGUCUGGAGAAGUUCAAGGACCAUGCUGAGCUGCUUCGGAACAUGAUGGGACUGAUGGGCAACAUAGCGGAAGUGAAGGAGCUGCGUCCUCGGCUGAUGGUGACAGAAUAUGUCCAGGUCUUCAGUGAUCUUCUGGACUCGACAAGUGACGGCAUUGAAGUCAGCUACAACGCUGCAGGUGUGUUGGCUCACCUGGCGUCGGACCAGGAGGAAACAUGGCUGGUGAGACAGCCUUCACGGCAGGAAGUUCUACAGAGAAUGGUGGGUGCCAUCAACAGAUGGGACAUCCGUGCCCGACGCAACAUCAACUACAGGUCUUUCCAACCCAUUCUGCGUCUGUUGACAAUAUUUGCCACCCCUGAAGUACAACACUGGGCCGUGUGGGCUUUAUGCAAUCUCUGUGGUUUCUGUCCUGACAAGUACUGUAGCUUGCUAGAGAAAGAGUGUGGAAUUGGUUUGUUGGAAAGCAUCCAGGCUGACACUCGCCCCUACAAGGCCAUACAAAGUCUGGCACAGCGAGUACUUAAGCAGGUGCAAGCACGCUCAUCCUGGGAGGACCAGGACCAGGAGGAUCAGGUGCUUGCAGGAGCUGUAGGGGGCGGAGGCAGUGGAGAGGGGGGGCAGGGGGAUGGACAACUUGGGGAGGAGGAAGAUAAACAUAUAGUCAAAGACAAUGAUGAUGGCGACAUGGGUUUCGCUGACUCAGACUCAGAUGAAGAUAUCAGGUUGUAGUAUUUAGUAAUUAUUUUCAAGCACUUCAAGUGUGGACUUUAAAAGUAUGCAUGUUAAAAUAAUUCAUAACUUGUGAAUAGCAAGAAAAUAUUUAAUUUAAUUCUUUUUCUCAUAGUUAUCUCUCUGUGAAUAGUAACUUUUAGAGUGUGUGUAAAAACAAUUAUGUACAUCAAAUUCUGGUAUGUUUGUAUAUGGAUGCAGUAAUGUAUGAUAUUCCUCCAUAAACUGGUUAAAGACUGUAAA